AAACUGAAGUCCAUGUUGCAUGCUCAACGUGUUUGUCUUACAACUGAUACUUGGACUUCAGUGCAAAAUCUCAAUUAUAUGUGUUUGACAUCACACUGGAUAGAUGAUCAGUGGAAGCUGCAUAAGAAGGUUCUUAGUUUUCCAACAAUUCCUAAUCAUAAGGGGGAGACGAUAGGUCUGUCAAUUAUGAAUUGUUUGAAAGAAUGGGAAAUAGAGAAGAUCUUCACAGUGACUGUAGAUAAUGCCAGUACCAAUGACGGUGCCAUUAAGCAUGUAAUUCGAAGAACAAAAGACACAUUAGGAACUGUCUUGCAGCAUGAAUAUAUUCAUAUGAGGUGUUGUGCACAUAUUCUUAAUAUAAUCAUUCAAGAAGGAUUGAAAGAGGUAGAUGAUGCAAUUAUCAAGAUUCGGAAUGCUGUCAGAUAUGUGAGGAGUUCUCCUUCUAGAAUGCAAAGUUUUCUGAAAUGUGUCGAUGAUGAAAAAAUCAAGUGCAAAAGUCGUGUGUGCUUGGAUGUUGAAACUAGGUGGAACUCGACUUAUCAUAUGUUGGUAGUGGCAGAGAAGUAUGAAAAGGCGUUUGAUAGGCUAGAGUGUGAAGAUCUUCGCUAUUCUUCAUAUUUUUGUGGUGCUGAAGAGGAAACAGCAGAGCAAGCUGAUGUCAUUAACAAACAGAAUGAGAUAUUUGCUAGUACAAGAGGAAGAGGACGAAAGAGGCAGAAGUUGAUGGGUCUUCCAACGUGUGAAGAUUGGAAAAAUGCCAGGUGCUUAGUUGAAUUUUUGUGGUUGUUUUAUAAUGCCACCUUAAAGUUUUCGGGUACUCAACAUGCCACCUCCAACUACUUUUUUCAUGAGCUUGUGGCUGUGCAACAAGGAAUUCUGAACAUGACAAAGAGUGGAGAUCACAUGUUAAGUGGAAUGGCAUUUAGGAUGCUAGGAAAAUUUUCUAAGUAUUGGGUGCAAGUUAACAAUCUGAAUCCUUUAUUACAUAUAGCUGUUGUUCUUGACCCGCGGUAUAAACUGAGAUAUGUAGAGCAUUGUAUGGAGAUUGUUUAUGAUGCUGUGGUCGCUGCUAACUUUGCUAAAGAUUUGGAGAGCAAGUUCUUGGAGUUGUAUGACUUCUAUUUGAAGGAAAACAUGGUGUCUCUUCCUGCCCAAGCUGUCGGCUCUUCUUCAGCAGCCUCUGUGACCCAAGAUUUGUCAAAGCUUGAUCCUGCCAAAGCUUUGAGGAUGAAAUUCGCUAAGUCAUCUGCAUCUCCCAUCACUUCUGGAGGGAAAUCAGAAGCUCAACGCUACCUAGCCGAUGUUGCAGAGCCGGAAUCUGAAGACUUUGACAUUCUUAUAUGGUGGAAGGUCCACUCAACGAAGUAUCCAAUCAUUGCAAAAAUGGCGAGAGAUGUGUUGGCUGUUCCUAUAUCGACAGUGGCAUCAGAGUCCACUUUUAGCACUAGUGGACGAGUUUUGGAUCCUUAUCGAAGUUCAUUAUCUCCUAAGACGGUUGAAGCUUUGAUAUGCUGCCAAGACUGGUUAAGAUCAUCACAAAAAUCCAUUGAACCUGAGAAUGAUGACCUUGAAUCGUUGGAAGUUGCUGCUGCAUUUGGAGAAGCUAAUCCUGGAAAAUGAUCUACCAAUCUGUUCUGAUAUCACAUUGAGGCUUGUGCUGGGUUUGGUGGCUUCACGAUGAUAAUCAGAGAUUUGGAACAUGUUGUUCAUGAUGCUGAUUUUUUUUUAUUCCUUAUGAGCGAAACAUAAAGCUCUAAUAUUUCUUGGGCUACUUUGGACUUCUUUCAUGUUGCUUUGGUUUGUUUGUUGGAUUGUUUUUGGAUGGUGAACGAUAGUUUUUGGAAUCUUGCUACUGGUUCUGGUUUUUUGUUUGAGAUGAUUGGAUGCUGGUAUUUGUUUUCUGUUACUACGGUUUAUUGUCUUUUUUUGCACUAUUCUCUUCCUAUCUUUUGUAAGUUGCUUAGGACUACAAUCUUGUCUUUGUAAGAUGCUGCCUUCGUGAGAUGCUACUGAGUACUGACUGUGGUUUUAUUGGACUUCUCUGAUUAAGAGCUCAUAUGAUUUUGUCGGGAAGCAGCACAAUUUGGUUGGAAGCUGCAUCAUAUCAACUCAUGGAAUUGGGUGUAGAUAGUGGAGGCAGAGGAGACACCAUCCGGCGGCAGUAGCCAGAAUGCAAGGAUGAUGAGUUUGGAGUGUGAUGGUUGUUUACAGAGAUCAUUAUUCAUUAAUAUAAAUGAGGAAUUCCUUUGUUUAAGGAAGCAACGGCAGUGCUGUA